AUGCCCGACCCCGAAAAACCCCCCUCUUCCCCCGCCACCUCAGAACCCUACACCAUCUACACGCCCCCCCAAAAAGCCCUCAUCAUCACCCUCGUAGCAAUCGCCGCAACCUUUUCGGGCUUCGCAGGCAACAUCUACUUCCCGGCCAUCCCCAGCAUCGUCUCUGAUCUCAAUGUCUCCGCCGAACUGGUCAACCUAACCGUAACAUCCUACAUGAUAUUCCAAGGUCUCGCGCCUUCGAUCUGGGGAGCCGUCGCGGACGUACAUGGCCGUCGCGUGACUUACAUCUGCACGUUCGUUGUGUUUAUAGGGGCCUGUAUCGGGUUGGCGGAGACGCGGUAUUAUUACCAGCUUAUUAUAUUAAGGUGUCUGCAGAGUUGUGGUAGCGCGAGUACGAUUGCGAUUGGCAGUGGUGUGGUGGGGGAUAUCACGACACGUGAGGAGCGCGGGGGGUUCAUGGGGAUUUAUCAGAGUGCAUUACUCUCGCCUGUGGCUAUUGGGCCGAUUAUCGGGGGGAUAUUGGCGCAGACUUUGGGAUGGCAUAGUAUUUUUUGGUUUUUGACGAUAUACGCUGGAGUGUUUCUAGUCGUCAUGAUUGUGAUACUGCCGGAGACGUUGAGGAGUAUGGUGGGUAAUGGAUCGAAACCUGCGAGAGGACUUUCGAUGUCUUUGCUUUCUUAUAUACAGCUUAAACGACAUCCACUACCGACCCCGAAUCGGCUGGAACGUACGACUAGCACGGCUUCGAUAUCGAAGAAAUUGUCUGUUGAUGUUCUAGGCCCUAUCAAGAUUAUUUGCAGCAUUGAGGUCACGCUUAUUAUCAUCUUCAUGUCCAUCUACUAUACGGUCUGGCAAAUGAUAAUCGCCAGUCUCUCGACACUAUUCAAACGUACCUACGGUCUUAGCGAACUCCAAAUCGGGCUUACAUUUCUGGGAAACGGAAUUGGUUGUAUCAUCGGCACGCUUACGACGGGGAAAUUUCUGGACUUUGAUUAUAGACGCUUCAAAGACAAGUUUACUGGUGAAGCGGAAGACUUUCCUUUGGAGACUGCGAGAUUGAGGACGAUUUGGCUUUGGGCACCGCUGCAAAUCGCUUCGGUACUGGUGUUUGGAUGGACACUUCAGUACAACGUCCAUCUCGCCGUACCUAUCAUCUGUACAUUCGUGCUCGGCUGGUCUGCAACCUCGAUCAUCAGCAUCGUGUCGACUUUGAUGGUGGAUAUAUAUCCGACCAAAAGCGCUUCUGCUACUGCAGCGUUGAAUCUGGUGAGGUGUUUGAUGGGUGCAGGAGGAACGGCUGCGGUGUUACCUAUUGCGAAUGGGAUUGGAGUUGGUUGGACGUUUACGAUGUUGGCUGCAAUUUCAAUUGCGAGUUUGGGACUGGUGGUGGUGCAAAUCACGAUGGGUGGGAAGUGGAGGAAGAGACGUGCUGAGAAAGUGUUGCAGGUGGAUGGAUCGUCGUGA